CUCCACUUGAAGAAGCGCCAUUUUCGGCGUUGUCAUACAGCAUGUCGCCAAUGUUUAUGACAUAAUAAGAACGAAUUUCAGUGUUUGUUAUUCUACGUUUGCUUUCCAAGUACUAUCUGAAAGAUGGGGCGAAAGAAGAAGAAGCAGAUGAAGCCAUGGUGCUGGUAUUGUAAUCGAGAUUUCGAUGAUGAAAAGAUCCUCAUCCAACAUCAAAAGGCCAAACAUUUUAAGUGCCAUAUAUGUCACAAGAAGUUGUACACUGGUCCGGGGCUGGCAAUCCACUGUAUGCAGGUUCACAAAGAGACCAUCGACGGGGUCCCCAAUGCCAUACCUGGAAGGGUAGACAUAGAAUUGGAAAUCUAUGGCAUGGAAGGAAUUCCAGAGAAGGAUAUGCAGGAGAGGAGACGGACAUUAGAACAAAAACAGGAGAGCCAGAAGAAGAAGCAGAAUCAGGACGACUCUGACGAGGAUGACGACGAUGAUGAUGCUCCAGGCCCUUCGUUCGUUCAGCAGCAGAUGCCUGUUGCCCAGCCCCAGGCUAGCUUUGUCCCUCCCAUGGCCCAGCCAGGCAUCCCCCCCGGGGCCAGGGCUCCAGGCAUGCCACCAGGAGCUUACUCAGGAAUGCCCCCUAUGAUGCCAGGUCACGGUGUCCCGCCCAUGAUGCACGGGAUGCCCCCUGGUAUGCACGGAAUGCCACCAGGCAUGAUGCAUGGGAUGGGAGGGAUGAUGCCUCCAAUGAUGCAAGGGAUGCCUGGUAUGCCGCCAGGAAUGCCACCCCACAUGGGUCACCGUCCUGGUAUGCCCCACAUGGCCCAGGUCCCCACCCCGGCAGGGAUGCCCCGACCCUCCGCAGCAGCCCCUGCUGCUGUCAGCAAGCCCCUGUUCCCCAGCGCAGUACAGAUGGGCUCUCAUGUUCCAAACACCAUCACAGCCUCUCCCAGUAGCACUGCAGACUCUCAGUCUGCUGCCUCUAAGCCUCUGUUCUCUAACACUCCACAAGCUCAGCAGAGUGCCUCUGGAGCUGUGCCCCACAGCGCGCCCUCCACCUCCUCUGACCCUCCCAAAGCAACAUUCCCCGCCUACACCCAGUCCUCUGCCUCCUCAUCCUCCUCUAACCCCCCUAGUAACACUGUGGCCAAGCCCCCCGCCACAGUGACCAGUAAGCCAGCCACCCUCACCACCAUGAGUGCAACCAGUAAGUUGAUCCACCCUGAUGAGGAUAUCUCACUGGAGGAGCGACGGGCUCAGUUGCCCCGGUACCAGCGUAACGUGCCCAGGCAGGGGCAGGUCCACAUGUCUGCCCCUCCUGUGGCGGCCGUGGGCGGCAUGAUGCCCCCACAGCAGGGCAUGCCCCCACAGCAGCCUGGCAUGAGGCACCCCAUGCACGGUCAGUAUGGUGGUCCCCCCCAGGGCAUGCCUGGCUACAUGCAGGGCGGGAUGCCUCCGUAUGGGCAGGGCCCUCCGAUGGGAUACCAAGGAGGGCCUCCCAUGGGCAUGCGGCCCCCCGUCAUGUCUCCUGCGGGACGAUACUGAAGCAGUCGCAACGACCUGACCCCUCACUAGGUUUGGAGGUUAAACCUUUUCUCACCUUGUGCUUUUUAAAACCAAGCCAAUGAGCUGUAAGACCAACCAGUGAUGGUGAAGAAAAGUAUUAAUGAAAAAAUAUAUAUAUACGCAGCACACGGACAUUUAACAUGACAUCUUUAAUGGGGGAAAAACAUAGAAACAACAAAACACACAAAACAACUUGAUGAUAAUGACAACUUUGUCAUUGUGCAGAUUUGAUACAUGUAUGGUGUUUUUCUUCUCAUGUUUCACUCAGGUUUGUAGAAGUGAAGUGUGUUAAAUAUGGUUCAUAUUGUUUUGACUGCUCGCUGCUGGAGUAACAUGAUCGUAUCGCCCUCCCCUUACAAAAAGGCAAGUUUCCUGUAAAUAUAUGAUUUUCUGUUGUGUAGAGUAAGUCGGUGACGAGGCCCUCACAGCACACUUGUGUGUUGUUGGACGCCCUGUCCCCAACCGUAUGGUUGGUGAGGGUCCUCCUUUAUGAUGACGAUUCCAACUGUUUAGUAGUUUACCAUGGAUUAUUAUUAUCAGUCUCUAGCUUCAUUCUUAUUUCAGGUUUAUUCCAUGAUCAAAAGGGUAACUUGUGUGAACUUAUUCUCUGUACUGUUUUAAACUAUCUAUGUUGUAAUAAAACUCACUUAAAAUCCAACACUGUUUUCUUCCUGACCCAUGGAUGGGGAUGAGGCUUCAUGAAGGUUUGUACCAUGGAGGUUAGUACCUUCAUCAUGAAGGUUUGUACAUAAAUGUUGUAUUUAUGAAAUAUUGUUCAAAUAAUAACAUUCCAGAUCUGGUAUUUUUAAACAUGUUUUAAUAUACAAAUUGUCUUGAUGCAGAUACGUUUAUAGCCUGAUGUUCUUUAAUAGUAAUUCAGUCAUUUAAUACCUGCACCCUGAAUCAGUUUAUCUUCCUCACCUUAGGUUCACUAACAUUUGCAUGCAAGUGCUCUAUACUCUGAGUGGUUGAUGAUAAAUAUACAUUUUACUUGAUGUCGGGUGUAUUUUUCCUAAACCACCUACUCACCUACUACACCGUUCAGGUGUUUAGCUUUUCAAGUCAGAGGGCCUUAUUUGGUGUUAUUCCACUAUGGUGCAUCAGUGUUUCCCCUAUAUGGCGUUGUGCCGCUGCUAACCCGUAGCCGCCACUGCAAAAAAAAAAAUGGCCAGGAAUAUAGAAACGAUAAUGGCGCAAUAUAUUUGAAGACUAAAAAUCGCCAAAAUAAAGACUAGACAGUUGGAGAAGGUAAAAUAAAAAAAAAUUCAUGAUAUAGGGCCCCUUUUGAUUUGGUUUGUCAUUUAGAUAAAUUAGGAACAAUGCAUAAGCCAUGGCAAAAUGUGUAGAAUUGUAGGGAAUUAGUUUUUAGAACAGCUACAGUUUCUCUGUGGCUGAGAGGAGGGCCGCUAAAAUGUGCCAUUUGUCAUGCCCACUACCCCCACAUGCUAACUUUGCCACCGCUGUUGGAAAAAAAUAUUAGGGGAAACACUGCAUAGCAUAUUAAAUUCGAAAAACCAUUACUUUGAAACUUUUUGUAAGCCCAUGUCUAUUUUGAUGGUAAUGUCCUUAUCUGCUUUUCAGCCUAAAACACAGAUUUCUUGCGAAACAGGUCAGUUAUAUCUGUAAGUACCCAUUCCCUUACCAUAGUGUGGCUGUAUCUUGUACCGGAUGUACCGUUUAGUAGUAACUAGUUAUUGAAUCUGAAGUAAUGCAUUUUGGGAGUUUUUCCAAGAUUUGUACAUUGUUUUGAGUAUUGUAGAGUUAUUCUAAAGUACUUGCUCAAGAUUUGUUACACCAUUUGGUUGCAUACAAAUAUAAUGAAUGUUGAAUGCUGUGGUGUGCCAUUGUUGCCUCUUUCUGUCUGGUGGUGAAGGGGGCAGCUUGGUGGAAACUGGACACAUUUUUACCCCACUCAUUUGGUAAGUAGGAUUUCACAUCGGCUAUGAUGUACAGUGGCUUCAGAAAGUAUUCCUACCCCUUGACUUGUUUUCCAUUUGGUUGUUACAGCCUGAAUUUAACAGAUGAAAUAGAUUCUCACCCAUCUACCCACAAUACCCCAUAAUGGCAAAGUGAAAUCAUGUUUGAAAAUUAAAUACAUAUGUAUUCAACCCCUUGAGUCAAUCAAUACAUAUUAGAAUCACCUUUGGCAGCCAUUACAGCACACGUUUUUCUGGGUAAGUCUUAAGAGCUUUCCACACCUGGAUUGUAAUUAUAUUAGCAUAUUCUUCAACUGUCAAUUUGGUUGUUGAUCAUUGCUAGACAGCCAUUUUCAUUGCUUCUAUAAUGAUAAGGCUGGUCGGCUCAACACUUCCAAGUGUUGUGGUGAGUAGCUCUGACAUACGAAGAAUACAUAUAGAAAAGAUACGCCCUUUUAGUCUUCCUGACAAACAACAGAUGCAUGGAAUGGGUCACAGGGUGUAACUUGAUAUAUGAGAAAGGAGUAUCCCACCAGAUAGCAUUUGCUUUGAAGUCUGUUCUUAUUUAGUUUGGCCCCUAAGACGAGGCUCCGAUCUCGUUCCUGGUACUUAAAAGCACAGAAACACCAAUUAAUUCUAUGGUAUAACUCAAUUGUCAACUCUAGAUACCUCCAUCUCAAGUAAAACCCCUUCUUGACCACACGCUUGGACACUCAGGGGAGUGAGCCUCUAGGUCAUACACUCCCCCAGGACCGGUGCAACAUCAGAGAUGACAUACAAUGGUUCCAGACACUACCCCACAUCUUUUCUCAGACCUUAUCUCCCCCAAGGAGGGAGUGACUGGCUCACGGGCAUUGUGGAGACAAGUGGUUCCACAUCAAUCGCGCCAUCCCUUCACAUGGUUUAGAAUAGGUAGAUGCAUUCACAUAUGAAGACAAUGUUCCCUCCUGUCAUAUUUCUCUUUCUGAUAUUCUGCAUAGCACCAGCGGCAUGUGAAAGACGAGCCUGACUUCUCCCCCCUCUGGGCCCCAGCUGAGGGAGGAAGUGCAACUACCAACACCAGAGUCCAAAGGGAUACAUUCUAAUAACAAUAAUAUUAUGCAGAUAAGACAUCUUAAUUAUCUAUGUUACCUAAGUCUUCCACCACAAUUGAUAUACCAUCCAAAGUGUUAACUUCACCAUGCUCAAAGGGAUAUUCAAUGUCUGCUUUUUAUUUUAAUUGUACCCACCUACCAAUAGAUACCCUUUGCGAGGCAUUUGAAAACCUCCCUGGUCUUUGGCGAAUAUGUUUUGAAAUUCACUGCUCAGCUUCGGGGACCUUUUUUAUAUGUAUGUGUGGGGUACAGGAUUGAGAGAGUUAUUCUAAUCAUGUUAAGCACUAUUUUUGCACACAGUGAGUCCAUACAACUUAUUUAAGCUAAUUUUCACUCCUGAAUUUAUUUAGGCUUGCCAUAACAAAGGGGUUGAAUACUUUUUGAUUCAAUACGUUUCAGUUUUACAUUGAAUUAAUUUGUAAAAAGUUCAAAAAAACAAUUCUACUUAAACAUUGUGUAAGCCAGUGACACAAUCUCAAUUGAAUCCAUUUUUUAAUUCUGGCUGUAACACAAAAUAGAAAAAGUAAAGGGGUGUGAAUACUUUUGGAAGGCACUGUACAUGAUGGCUGUUGUAAAAUAAUGAUUGUAAAGUUUAUUUGAAAACACUCCCAGACCAUAUUACGGUAAUGUUUUUUUUCUUCAAGUUAUGAUCAUUGUUUACAGAUUUUAAUAGAUUAUUAAUAGUUAUGGAUUAAAGUAUUUGGCCUGUUGGAUGUUGUCGUCAACACUCGUCCGAACUCAUCUUCCAACUUUCGCAACAAUGCUCAAAACUGUCUUGGAUGUGCUGCUGUGUUAAACUGUUACUCGGAUUAGCUUCACCAUUAUAAUGGAAUUCUCCCCAGUUAUAAUUGUCAACAUGCAUCCUAUAACGUUCUUUUAAAAGGAACAUUGGCCUGUUUGUUCAUUAACUAUACAUUUCACAUAAAACAAAUAGACAUGUUAUUUCACAAGACCAUGUUGGCAGUAUCACAGUUUCUCUCCAUUUGCUGAUGUGCAUAAAUUUAUCCUAAUGUAAAAAUCCAAAUGCUUUGUAUCAAAACACACUAUUAUAAGAAUAAAUCAUGUGUAUUGUG